AUGCUGAUGAGGCCUAGGCAUUGCCAGAGCAACCGCGGCCACUCCCACACCUAUAAAAAGCAGACUAGCAGCCAGGAGCACUGCAAACAGAGCGGGCAAACAGUGUGGCAUGUCAGCCAGGGUGUGGCACGGCAGUUUGUGUGGCAGUUUGUGCGGAAGUGCGCACAGGAAGGGCAUCGUCAUCCUACCAGCUCAAGAGCAGCCCAGUGCCUUCUGCUCCUUGCUUGUGUGCUGGUCUUGGCUGCCCCAGGCCACUCCAUACAUAUACAAACCCUAAACAUCUUCAAGAAAUCUCCCUCCAACACUUUGGCGAGUGCUCUGAAGAAAACCAGUUGGCCCAAGGACUGCAGUGAGGUCUCUGCUGGCAGCCCCAGCGGCAUCUAUGUCAUCCAGCCCACAGGACUGCACUCCAUUGUGGUGUACUGUGAAAUGAAUGUGACGGAUGGGGGCUGGACUGUCAUCCAGAGGAACCGGCAGAGCACAGAGAUCACCUGGGCUGAGUCCUGGAGCACCUAUAAGUAUGGCUUUGGGAACCUGCACACCGAGUACUGGCUGGGCACUGAGUACAUCCAUCAGAUCUCCAAGCAGAAGGUCUACCAGGUCAGGUUUAUCAUCUGGGAUGCUGCAAACAAGAUCAGGUUCACAGAAUACAACCUCUUCAGCCUGGAAGAUGAGUCCCACGGCUACCGGCUGAGGCUGAGAACCUACUGGGGGACAGCGGAGGAUGCCAUGGACUCAGACAAUCCCAGGAAUGUGCACAACAACAUGAAGUUCUCAACAGAAGAUCGGGAUCAGGACACUUACAGAGGGAACUGUGCUUCGCUGUGGUGGUACUCAGCUUGUUAUUCUGUAUGGCUGAACGUCAAGGGGGACAUAACCUGGGGCAGCCUGUGCAAUGGGAACUGCAAAGCUUCUGCCAUCCUCAUCAAACCAGCUCCGUACCAUUAGUACUCUUCCCCCCUCCUGUCUGCACUGGGCACAUGGCCAGAGCAGUGCCCUGCUGGGGCCUGUUUUGCUGGCUGGGGGGCUGGGGGCGAACAGGUUGUUACUGUAUAUCAAGAGCUGUUUUCUUUUCCUCUUCUCUUGAAAAGUAGCAAAGCUCCCUGCUUUGUCUCUGGCCUUUCACCUCUUGUAGGUUUUUAGGGAUCAUCAUUAGAACAAGUCUUUAUAAAUGCUGCGAUUUCCAAGCAUGUUCCUUCUGGAGAGAAAACUGUGCUGAGAAAUCCAAAGCCCUCCUGAUCCAGCAAGGUAUAAUUCUCUUUUUUCUUUGCAGGUAUAGAUGACUUCAGCAGAAAAGUAUAAGUCACCACUAGCUAACCUGAUCUAAGUUGCUCUGAGCCCAGGCAGGCCAUGUACGCACCAUUUCCCUGCUGUAGUCUGUGUUCAUCCUGCAGAAUAAAAUUGCUUUCAGAACCUGCA